UCAGCCGACAGAGCUGCGUAAUAACUACAGACUGGAGCAUUGGUGACAGCGAGGUGAGCGAUGGGAAGCGGUUCAAAGCUAUCAAGGUCUGGAGUUUGCUGUCUCGCCUUCCUGAUCUGUUUCUAAUCAAAUUCAUGACUGGUUUGAAUGUCUCUUUGACAAGAUGAAGGGAUUUUUCCUUUGUUGCGUUUUUCUCUGCGCGACGCUGCAGCGAAACAACAGGCAAACUCACGCUGUACCUGCCACAGCAUUAAACUCCUGUGAAGGGGACAUUCUCCUCUUGCUGGACUCUUCAGGAAGUGUUUCAAACUAUGAGUUCUCUCGCUUUUUGCUCUUUGCUGCUGAUUUGCUUCAUCCCUUUUCAUUGGGCCGAGGGCACAUAAGGGUGGCUCUGCUGCAGGUGGGCACCAGUCCUCACCUGGAAUUCGGCCUGGAUGCCCACAAGGACAAGAACAGUCUGCAGAAAGCCCUGCAGGGUGUCAGCCAGCUGCAGGGAGAUACUAACACUGAGAUGGCCCUUGAAAUGGCCCAGCGGAUACUGACAGAGGGUAACGUGCCAAAGAUCCUGCUGUGGCUGACUGAUGGAGUCCAUCCUGGAAAUGUGGACAGACCAAUGUCAGAGCUGAAGGCUCAGGGAGUUUCUGUGUUAGCUGUUUAUACAAUACAUGGCAACUACCGGGUGUUACAACGUGUGGUAACACCUCCAGUGGAGACCCACCUGUACUCUGUGGACAUAGAUAGCAUUGACAUUAUCACAGAGGACCUGAGGAGGGCCAUCAUCAAAAUUAUUUGUUCAGAAUGGCUGAAAGUGGUUGACUUGACUUCCCACAGUGCUGUGCUGCAGUGGCAUCCUGUUCUGAAUGCAGACAGUGGUUACUAUGAGCUGCGGUAUAAUUCUGCAAGAAAAACCAACCCUGACAUCAGACAGAUUCUAUCAGGUGCCACCAGCAAAGCAGAGCUGACCAACCUGCAGCCUGAAACUACAUACACAGCUUCCCUCCGCCCAGAGUCUAACCAGAGGCUGUUCAACACUCUCUCUGUAAACUUCACCACACUUCCUGAUAUUUUAAGUCCAGCAGAAGUUUCGUUGUCAGAGUCUGGCCCUCAUCAGAUCCGAGUCAGCUGGGGUCCCCUGCAGCCAGCUUGGGUACAAACAUACACACUGGAAUAUGGCGCCAUUCCAAGCGGACGUGUCCACACUAUGACGUUUCCCAGCCAGAAAACCUCUGCUUUACUGGCAGACCUGGAGCCAGGCACUCAAUACUUGGUCACAAUCAGUGCUCUGUAUGCGGAUGGAAAAGAAAGAGCCAUGUCUGUUAGGGCAUGUACUCAGGAAGCUCUGCCUGCCCUGGUCGACCUUCAGCUGGCCCCAGUAGAGCAGCAGGAGGUGGAGGUGGAGGAGGUGCAAGCAAUAAUGCAUGCUCAUGAAGAGGGGUUGAAAGGCUACUGGGUAAGCUGGGAGAAAAAAAACUCCCAGAGCUCCCCAUCAAAACGUACCCUUUCCUCCAUUUACCUGCCUCCUAGCACACCUUCAGUAAGGCUCACCCACCUUGCACUGAACAGUCGAGUGUGUGUUUCUCCAGUUUACAGCUCAGGCCGAGGAGACGGGGUAUGCUGCACUGCCAAGACACACAGUGGUUGGUUGAGCUAAAAGUAAUCAAGUAACUUUGUACUCUAAUUCCUGCAGUUAUGUUUGUAAUGUGAUAGAUCCAUAAGAGAAAGUAUAAUUUCUUUAUCCUGUUCUUUCCAGCCAGUGUUGGACCCUCUACAUAGCUUGCAGGAGAUGUAUUCUUUAUUUCUUAAAGCAAAUAUUUAUUUUGAGGUGAAUUAUUAUGAUAAGGUUUAAUCUCAUGACCCCAUUCGAACAUGACGACCCAUUGAGCCAGUUCUUUCUUUCUUAAGUCUCACAGAAACUCAUUAGUUUUAAGAUACCAGUCCGGAAAGUACACUGGUCACAGAUAAGCUGCAUUCAGCCAGUAUGAGGAAUUAAUGCUUGAAAUUAUAUGAAAAGCUUAUCUUUUUCAGAAAUGCAUGUUCAGUGUAGAGUUUAUCUCAGCCAUUUGUUUUUAAGAAAACAUUUUGUGUACCAAGGUUUGACUACAAAGUUUUUUUUGUAAAAGAUCAGCUUUAGAAAUGUUCUGAUUUUAAGUGUGUGGCAAAAAAGACAUCACUAGAAUGGAAUCACCCAAAUAAAUUUGAGCUCUAUGUGCUUUACAACUCACUGAAUUGUGUCCUGUG